AUGUCGAAAAGUAAUAAAAGAAUUAAAACUACUCCCUCCAGACGCGAGCUGUCAGAUUUUGAGCGUGGAGGCAUUGUUUGGCUCUCAAAAGCCGAUCAUACUCCAACUGACAUUGCAAACCGUAUGAACAUUCCUAGAACUAUAGUUUUCGAUACAAUAAAGCGCUGGGAGACUACUGGAACAGCCAAGACAAAUACCAGACCUGGGAGACCAAAGAAACUUAGUGUAACAAACGUUACAAGUCUUUGUUUGAGUGUGAGACGUAAUCCUUUUGAGAGUUAUGGAUACCACCAGGCAAAUUUGGGAGCUGCUGGCGUUAUUGUCUGUAGACAGACAGUUAUCCAAUACCUACGAGCAAAAGGCUUCGGUUCUUACACCCCUGUAUCUAAACAAAAAGCUAGGGCCAGUUUUAGCAUCGAAGACUGGAGCAGAGUGGUGUGGUCAGAUGAGUCGAGGUUCAUGGUGAAAGGAAAUGAUUCUGACCCAUCGGCUGGUGGCAUUGGACCAUUAUCGUUUAUCGAAGGAUCUGUAGACCAAGAUGCAUACGUCAAUUGUCUGUCUAAGGACUUCAAUCCCUGGUACAAACAAUUGAAUGAAGAACAUGACACCAUGUUCACAUUCCAAGAAGAUGGUGCUAGCUGUCAUACUGGGUCCUACACGACGUGGUGGAAAAACCGUUGGGAGAUUAAACGAUUUGACUACUGGCCGUCGCAAAGUCCAGAUUUGAACCCAAUUGAGCAUGUCUGGAUUCAAAAUAAGAAAAUGUAUGUCUGGUGCCAUACUCUGCUUAGAACAACGAAAGUACUCAGCUGA